AUGUUUCAGCUGGCGGCUCUAGCACCGCAGCACUGGCGCCUGCUCGUGGCGGGGAUCCCCCAUGGACACCCGCAGAGCGCCCCGAUUCUGCGGCGCCUGUUGGAGGCGUUCCAACCGGCGAUGCUCUUCCUGGAGAUUGACAAACAAGAUCUCGCGGGCUUGAGAAUGUCGGGAUCGUCGGAUUCCGUGGCUUCAGAAUGUGCCGAAGCGUUGAGGUGGGCGGAGGGGCACAGCAGAAAACUGGCUCCAAUUGACCGUGAACAACUAACGACGCGCCGUCGUUUGGCACAGAGCUUGUCCUUACAUCCCGGCCAAUUGCUGAGUUCGAGGAGGCACUGGGGUGCAGUGGUGCCACCGACAGCCUGCGCGACAGCUUGGAGAGAGCUCCUUCUGCAAGACUGUCCCGUUUUGCAUGAGGUGAUGCUGGAAGAGAGAGACGAGUUCAUGGCCUACCAGAUAUUGCUCGGUUUGGAGCGGCAUCUUUCGAGUCGCUACAAGUUUGCUGGCGAUCAAAGCGAAGACCAGGACCUGGUGUGCCGCCUGCAGCGCAGGGCUGCUGCAGAGACGGCGCGCAUCGGCGCGGCGCUUCGCUGGAGCCUAGGAGAGCGCGGGAGGCUCGGAAGCGUGGUGCCGGAGGUGGCGGGGGUGCAGGAGGCUCCUGUUUUGGACGAGCUCGACGAGUGGGCGUCUUUCUCGGUGCCCGACGCCCGUCCGAGCCCGGAGCACGUCGUCGUCAUUUGCGGUCCCGCUCAUGUGGAGGCGUUGCGGCAUCGCUUGGAGGCUGCCUUGGGCGAUUCCAAGGCGGCGCAUCGCUUCCUUGCCCAGAAUGCGGGGCUUCUCCCUCGGCUUCUCAUAAAUGCAACUUGGAGGUGGGAGCCCGGAUCCCCGCAAGACAUACUUAGCAUGGUGGAGAGCAUGCCGUCUCCCAGCGACGCUGUGCUUCACGCGCAAGGCCAUGGACCAAGGCCUCAUGGGCCUCUGACAGCCAUGGCUGCAUCCGCUUCGAAUGCAUUGGGGUUAUCAGCGGCCAAAGCCAGCCCUGAGAACCGUGUACCCUUUGCAGGGCCAGGUCCUUUGUUCAUUCAUGAGCGCUUGCGUUCACUGUCGCAGAGACCUCUUCCCGUGUGGCCCGUCUUUUUGAUCAUGUACAUUCUGGCUCCCGUGCUGGCGUUUUUGGUCAUCCCGAUUGCCAUUGACAUGCGUUGGCUUCAGGCCUCUGCGUCCUGGCCAGCUUUCCCAUUCAGCGAAGAAAGUCGAAGCGAUGAAAAUCUUUCAGGGAUAUACUGUCAGAGAGUCCAGCCCAACAGCUUCAAUGCACUGCCUCUGAUCUGCGAUCUGCAACUUCUGCGGAGAUCCUUCAGGUUCCCGCGAAUUCUGAAUUCUGGGUUCGUUCAUGACCGUCGGCCUGCAGACAGACAACUCUCACCCCUGAACUGA